AUGGCUUCCACAAGCACCGAGACAGACUCUUCAUCACGUCACUGGAAAUAUGAUGUUUUCCUUAGUUUCCAUGGCAAGGACACCCGUCGGGGUUUUACAAGCCAUCUAUACGAUGCUUUGAAACAGGAAGGCAUUAUAGCCUUUAGGGACGACGAAAAACUGAAGAGAGGAGAGUUCAUAAAUUCAGGGCUCUUGAAAGCAAUAGAAGAAUCCAAGUAUGCGGUCGUUGUUCUCUCACAAAACUACGCUUCUUCGAGGUGGUGCUUGAUUGAACUUGCCAAGAUCGUUCAAUGCAGUAAUGAUAUGGAUCUGGUAAUUUUGCCCGUUUUCUAUCAUGUGGAUCCUUCUCAGGUGAGGAAACAGGCUGGUACUUUUGCAAUACCCUUUUUCAAACAUACAAUAGAUCCCAGGAUUGCCAUCAAAGACGUGCGAAGUUGGAAAGCUGCUUUCCGACAAGUGGGUGAGAUCGCCGGAUGGCAUUUACAUGAUGGGCAUGAAUCAACGGUUGUCAAAAAUAUUAUUGAAAGGAUACAUGGGGAACGGAAUAUUCAACUCCAAAGUGAUCCCUAUGGCCUUGUUGGAAUAGAGUCCCGAGUGAUGGACAUGGUGAACUUACUUGACAUAGGAUUGGAUGAUGUUCGUUUCAUAGGGAUUUCUGGGAUGGGCGGAAUUGGUAAGACGACUUUGGCACAAAUUAUCUACAAUAGAUUUUCUUAUCAAUUUGAAGCUAGCAGCUUUAUUUCGUGUGUCAGGGAAGAAACUGAACGUCAUGGUCUAGUUUAUUUACAAAGAAAACUUCUAUCUGACAUCCUCAUGGAGAGAGAGAUUAUAAACACCUGGGAUGAUGGUAGGGUAAUCAAAGAGAUGGAGAGUAGACUGUGUAAACGAAGGGUGUUUCUUAUUCUUGAUGAUGUAAAUGAAAACAAGCAACUAGAAGCAUUGGCAGGGAGGUGUGAAUGGUUUGGAAGAGGGAGUAGAGUUGUUGUAACAAGUAGAGAGAAACAAGUGUUGAAUAGUCAUGGAGUUUGUAAUAUAUAUCCAGUAAGACAACUAUACCAUGAUGAAGCACUGCAACUCUUUAGUUGGAAAGCCUUCAAGAAACCCCAUCCUGAAGAGAAUUUUUUGGGUCUAUCUGAAGAUUUUGUAAAUUAUGCUAAUGGUCUUCCUUUAGCUCUCAAGGUUUUGGGUUCCUCGUUGUUUAAUAAAAAAAAAGGCAUAUGGAAAAGUGCGAGGGAUCAACUAAAAGAAAAUCUUAAUGGUGAUAUUUUGAAAACACUUAAAACAGGUUUUGAUGCACUCAAGCCUGCAGAGAGGAACUUAUUUUUGGAUGUAGCAUGUUUUUUCAGGGGAUGGGACAAAGAUCGUGUUAAGACUAUUCUAAAAAGUUGUGGUUAUUGCUCAGAUAUCAAUAUAGAUGUACUUGUGGACAAAUCUCUGAUGAGUUUCUCAGGGAAUGACUUAUGGAUGCAUGAUUUGUUACAAGAAAUGGGUCAAGAAAUUGUUUGUGAUGAAUCUCGGGAAGAGCCUGGCCGACGUAGUAGGUUGUGGGUUUGGAAGGAUGUGCUUCAUGUAUUGAACAACAAUACUGGAACAGAACAAGUUAAAGGCAUAGUCCUUGACUUUCCUCCACAGAGAGAUCAGGAACACUUGAACGCUGAUGCCUUCUCAAAGAUGAAAAAUUUGAGAUUUCUUAAGAUCAGUAAUGUGCACUUUCCUCAAGGCAUAGAUUAUCUUUCGAAUGAGUUACGUCUUAUCAUAUGGGAUGGUUACCCUCUAAAAUCCUUACCAACUAGUUUCCAAUCAGAAGAUCUCAUUCAACUCAGUAUGCAUUGCAGCCAUAUUGAACAAUUAUGGAAGGGAAUUAGGGUUUUCAUUUUGUCACAGAAUUUUGAAAAUUUAAGGGUUAUUGACCUGCGUGACUCCCCAAAUUUGAUCGAAACACCAGACUUCCAUGGAGUCCCCAAUCUCGAGACUCUGUUUCUUCGAGGUUGUGCAAGCUUGUUAAAGGUGCACCCAUCCCUUGGAGCUCUCAAACUACUUGUUACGUUAAAUCUAGAAGGUUGUAAAUGUCUUGAAAGCCUUCCAGAGAAGAUUUCAAUGGUAUCUCUUAAAUUUUGUAUUCUUUCUGGCUGUUCCAAACUUGAGAAGUUUCCUGAAAUAGUGGGAAGUAUGACAUCUUUGUUGAAGCUUAAUUUGAGCGGUACUGCCAUAGAAGAACUACCACCUUCAUUUGAGAGUUUAUCUGGCCUUCAGAUUUUGAUUUUAGAAGGUUGUAAAAGCAUUUCAAUUCUUCCGAGGGUUAUCUUUAGUUUGUCAUCCCUUGGAUCUCUCAUCUUAUCUGGUUGUUCAGAACUUGACAAAAUGCCAGAGGAUUUGAGGAGCAUGGAAUGCUUGGAGGAGCUUGAUACAAAUGUAACUGGUUUUAGACAAGGCCCAUCCUCCAUUUUACAUGUGAAGAGCCUUAAAAGACUGUACUUAAACGGAUGCAAGGGUCUGGGACCUAAAUCAUUGGAUUUGCUCUUCUGUUGUUGCAUCUGUCAUCUAAGCUCUUUAUUAUUGCUGGAUCUAGGAGACUGCAAUCUAUCUGAUGGAGCAAUGCCCCGUGACCUUAGAGGCCUAUCCUCACUAGAGACUCUAAAUCUCAGAGGGAACAAGUUUAGGAGCAUACCAUAUAGCAUCUGUCACCUAAGUUCUUUGCUAUUUCUGGAUCUAAGUGAGUGCGAUCUAUCGGAUGGAGCAAUCCCCAGUGACCUCAGAGCUUUAUCCUCACUACGAACUCUAAAACUCAGAGGGAACAAGUUUACGUGCAUACCAAAUAGCAUCUGUCACCUAAGUUCUUUGCAAUUUCUGGAUCUAAGCAACUGCAAUCUAUCGGAUGGAGCAAUCCCCAGUGACCUUAGAGGUCUAUCCUCAAUAGGGCGUCUAGAUCUCAGUGGUAACAAGUUUAGGAGCAUACCAGAUAGCAUCAGUCGCCUCAGCUCUUUAACAAUGCUUGAUCUAAGCAACUGCAAUCUAUCGAAUGAAGCAAUCCCCAGUGAUCUUAGUGGCCUAUCCUCACUACUGUCUCUCGAUCUCAGUGGCAACAAUUUUUCGAGCAUAGCAGAUCGUAUCUGGCAACUUUCGCACCUCGAAGAACUUUUAUUAAGAAAUUGUAGUAUGCUUCAAUCGUUGCCAACACUUCCAUCAAGUCUAUCGUAUGUAUGGACUCACGGCUGUACUUCGUUGGAGAGGUGUUUUGAUGAAACUUCAGAUGCAGCAGGCGCUAUUGUUGAUUACUCUGCACCAGCUGAGCAUGAAGCUAAAAGAUAUUGCUCUUUUCAAAAGUUGACAGAAGCACAAUUUGGAAGAGCCCUUGAGGCAGAAAUGUACAAAGGGAUGGGCAGUGUAUUUGUCUCUGAAUAUUCUUUGCUUAUUCCUGAAAUACCAGAGUGGUUCGCCGUUCAGCGUGCUGAAUCCUCAGCAAGAAUCCUGCUGCAUCUCGAAUCAGAUGAUAAUAGUAAGUGGUCAGUGUAUGCCAUGUUUAUUGUAUAUGAAGUCCGCGAGCACGAAAAUUCAAAUUCUAGGACUUCCGAGGGUCACCAGCUUUUUUGUCAUUUCGUGACUGAUGAAGGUCGUCUGCAAAGCUUGGAACUUCCGGAACGACUGCACCUCUAUAAUGUAGUUGUUGUUAAGCUAAUUGGAAUUUUAGUAUAUGUACCACGUGCGUGGUUUUCAAAAGUUGCAAAUAACGUUGAUAAAUGGAGCUUCAUUGAAGCUUCAGUUACAACCGGAUGCCCGGGCGGGAACGUGAAAAAGUUUGGGGUGCGUCUACUAAAUGAGCAAGAAGCUUUGAAGCUCGUUGAAGAAGCACGAGCAAAGUCUGGUGUUGCCGAGGCAAAUCAUACUCAUCGAAGGAUUCUAAUUCCAAUGGCAUCCUUUGUUAAUGCGGAAAAAGUUUCUAGAGUUGACUUGAUCAUUCUGCUCAAAUCAGACCUUCAGGAAUUGCUUUCAAAACGCUUUGCGAUAGGAAACUUCCCACCGGCUCCCAUGAACACGCAACGAGUUUCUUCAUCUUCAUCUUCCUCUUCUCCUCCAGAACGUCGACGGAAAUACGAAGUUUUCCUCAGUUUCCAUGGCAAGGACACCCGCCUGGGUUUUACGGGGCAUCUAUAUGAUGCUUUGAAACAGAAAGGCAUUAUCGUCUUUAGGGACGACGAAAAACUCGAGCGAGGAGAGUUUAUAAGUUCAGGGCUUUUGAAAGCAAUAGAAGAAUCCGAGUAUGCAGUUGUCGUUCUCUCACCAAAUUUCGCUUCUUCGAGGUGGUGCUUGAUUGAACUUGCCAAGAUCGUUCGAUGUCGUAAAGAUAUGGGGCUGGUAGUUAUGCCCGUUUUCUAUCAUGUGGAUCCCUCUCACGUACGGCACCAGUCUGAUACAUUCGCAGAAGCCCUUGCUAAACAUGAACAAAAUUCCAAGAUCAUCAAAGAGGAUGUGCAAACGUGGAGAGCUGCUUUGCGAGAAGUGGGUGAAACUAGCGGAUGGCAUAUACAAUUACAGGAAGGGCAUGAAUCAAUGUUUGUCAAAAAAAUUGUUGCAAGUAUAUAUAGCAAACGGAAUAUUCAACGCCAAAGUAUUGUUUCCCAUGACAUUGUUGGAAUAGAGUUCCGAGAAAUGGAAAUGAUGAACUUACUAGACAUUAAAUUGGAUGAUGUUCGCUUUAUAGGGUUUUAUGGAAUAGAUGGAGUGGGUAAGACCACUUUGGCUGGGUUUAUUUAUGAUAAAAUUGCUCAUCAAUUUGAAGCUAGCAGUUUUAUUUACGGUGUCAGUGAAGAAACUCAAAGUCAUGGUGUAGUUCAUUUACAAAGAAAAAUCCUUUCUGAAAUUCUCAUGGAAAGAGAAAUUAUAAAUGGGUGGGAUGAUCGUACGGUAUACAAUGAGAUAAGGGAUAGAUUGCGUAGGCUAAGGGUGCUUAUUAUUCUUGAUGAUGUGAAUGAAAACAAGCAACUGGAAGCCUUAGCAGGUAGUCAUGAAUGGUUUGGAAGAGGGAGUAGAGUUAUUGUAACGAGUAAAGAGAAACAAGUGUUGAAUAGCCAUGGAGUGCGUAUUAUAUAUACAGUUAAGGAGCUUGGUGAUGAUGAAGCUCUGCAACUCUUUUGUCAGAACGCCUUCAAGAAACCCCAUCCUGAAGAUAAUUAUGCGGAUCUAUCCAAAGAUUUUGUGAAUUAUGCUAAAGGUCUUCCUAGAACUCUUAAAGUUUUGGGUACCUUCUUGUUUGGUAAAACAAUAGAUGAAUGGAAACGUGUCUGGGAUCAACUAAAAGAAAAUCCUGAUAGAGGUGUUUUGGAGAUGCAUGACUUGCUACGAAAAUUGGAUCAAGAAAGGGUUCUUCGUGAAUCUAAUGAAGAGCUUGACCAAUAUAGCAGGUUGUGGGUUUUUAAGGAUGUGCUUCUUGUACUGAAGAAUAAUACUGGAGCAGAAGAAGUUAGACACAUAGUCCUUGACAUACCUCCACAACAAGAGGAGCACUUGCGUUUUGUUUGGAUAGGCAUUAUUAAGGAGAAUGUUUUCUUUGCCCCUGUUUUAGAAACACCAGACUUGAGGGUCAUUGUACAAAAAAUAUCUAAUCACAAGGGUGAUCUUGAUCAGGUGCCUGAGUUUCAGAGUGACGAAUAUGCAAUCAAACAGCUGAAGCAAUUGCUGCGUCAAAGGGGAGGUCCUAUAUCGUUGAUACUGGAUGACGAUGUCUUCUUGUCUGGAUCAGAAUCCCUUCUUCUUGAGAAGUUUGAGCUCCGUAUGCCAAAUUGCAAUAUUCUGGUUACUUCAGGAAGUAAAUCUCCAAGAUAUAGCUUUACCUAUAAUUUAAAAUCAUUAAAUGAUGAAGGUGCCAUGACUCUUUGUUGUCACUCAGCAACUCCACAAGAUGGGAGCUCUUCAUCUCCGGAUGAGAUGAUUGUCAAAAAGGUAUGGCCUGCUUGGCAGUGCGAGAGUAUACACCUAAAGAAACUGAGCAUCAACAAUUGUCAUAAGCUGUCUGCACUGCCUAAAGAGAUUGGAAAUCUGAAUAAUUUGGAAGAGCUUAGGCUAAUGUCCUGUACCGUUUUGUCCAAAUUACCAGAUACAAUAGGAAUGCUCCAUCGGUUACAUAUUCUUGACAUAUCUCACUGCCCUGCUUUGUUGAAUUUACCGAACACAAUCGGAAGGCUUCAUGGGCUACACACUCUUCGUAUAUCUCAUUGCGCCAUUUUUUCGGGUUUACCAGAUACAGUAGGAAUGCUUUCUGGGUUACGUUUUCUUGAAAUAUCACACUGUACCAGUUUGUCUAAUUUGCCAGUGACGAUCGGAGAGCUUCGUGAGUUGCAAAUCCUUCAUAUAUCUCAUUGCUCCGCUUUGACAACUUUGCCGGACACAAUAGGAAUGCUCCUUGGGUUAAGGAUUCUUUGCAUAUCUUGCUGCUCCGUUCUCUCAAAUUUGCCAGAGACAAUCGGAAGGCUUCAUAGGUUACAGAUUCUAGGCAUAUCGGGCUGCACCGCUUUGUCAGAUUUGCCAGAGACAAUCGGAGGGCUUCGGGGGUUACGGAUCCUUGGCAUAUCGGGCUGCCCCUCUAUGUCGGAUUUACCAGAUACAAUUGGAAUGCUUCAGGGGUUAUCGAUUCUUGGCGUAUCUCACUGCUCCACUUUGUUGAAUUUGCCAAAUACAAUCGGAUUGCUCGAAGGAUUACGGAUACUUGGCAUAUCUCACUGUCGUGCUUUGUCGGAUUUGCCAGAGACAAUCGGAAGGCUCCAUGGUUUAUCUAUUAUCGGCGUAUCUCACUGCUCCGCCUUGUUGAAUUUACCAAAGACAAUCGGAAAUCUCCACGGGUUACGGAUCCUUGGCAUAUCUCACUGCCCCGUUUUUUCAAACUUGCCAGAUGAAAUCGGACAUCUCAGUGGGUUGCGGAUCCUUGGCAUAUCUCACUGUCCUGCUUUGUCGGAUUUACCAGAGACAAUCGGAAUGCUCAUUGGGUUGCGGAUUCUUGGCAUAUCUCACUGCCCUGCGUUUUCAAAUUUUCCAGGGACAAUUCGAAGGCUCCAGGGUUUACAGAUUCUUGACAUAUCUAAUUGCCCAGUUUUGUCAAAUUUGCCAGAAACAAUAGGAAUGCUCCACGAGUUUCGAAUUUCGGACAUCCCACUGAUGGAGCAUUAGCAACUAGCAAGUUGCCAUUACACAUUGGUAAGCCGUGAAGUGUUUUCCUUUUUCUUUUUUUUUUAAAAUUUACACUAAAAGUUGGCACAGAGAGUGUGACCGGUUGCGGCCCUCAAUUAUUGAACUUUCAACAUUUGUUCUAAUUUAUCUGAUUCGUUCAUUUGGAUUU